GCCAGCAGACUACAACGACACAAACUCAGACACAUUCCUCCUCUAUCUUUCUUUUUUUUUCUUUUUAAUCGCUCUCGUAGAUGGAUUCCUCAACUCGCUCCUCCGUUGUCGUAAUCGGCGCCGGCAUCUCCGGUAUAUCGGCGGCGAAGGUUUUGGCUGAGAACGGAAUUGAGGAUUUGGUGAUUUUGGAAGCCUCCGAUAGAAUUGGCGGUAGGAUCCGGAAAGAAAAUUUCGGAGGCGUGUCGGUGGAGCUAGGGGCCGGUUGGAUCGCCGGUGUAGGUGGUAAAGAAUCCAACCCGGUUUGGGAGAUUGCCGCAGAGUUGGGCCUCCGAACCUGUUUCUCUGACUACAGCAAUGCCCGCUAUAACAUCUAUGAUCGGAGCGGGAAGAUAUUUCCGAGUGGAAUCGCCGCAGACUCGUACAAAAAAGCGGUGGACUCAGCGAUUCAGAAACUAAGGGACCUAGAUGCAAACUGUGUCGACGAUGCCUCCAAAGGAACCGACCAACCUCUAACGCCAAAGACACCAAUAGAGCUCGCAAUUGACUUCAUAUUACACGAUUUUGAGAUGGCAGAGGUGGAGCCAAUAUCAACAUACGUAGAUUUUGGAGAAAGAGAGUUUUUGGUGGCAGAUGAAAGAGGUUACGAGUAUUUACUGCAUAAAAUGGCUGAGGAUUUUCUAUUUACGUCGGAGGGUAAAAUCCUGGACAGUCGUCUCAAACUCAACAAGGUUGUCAGGGAAUUACAGCACUCGAGAAACGGCGUCACGGUGAAAACAGAAGAUGGUUGCGUCUACGAAGCCAACUACGUGAUUUUGUCUGCUAGCAUUGGUGUUCUCCAAAGCGAUCUCAUUUCCUUCAGGCCACCCUUGCCCAGGUGGAAAACGGAAGCCAUAGAGAAAUGUGAUGUGAUGGUGUAUACCAAGAUCUUCCUCAAGUUUCCUUGUAAGUUCUGGCCUUGUGGGCCUGAGAAAGAGUUCUUCAUCUAUGCUCACGAGCGGAGAGGCUAUUACACGUUUUGGCAGCACAUGGAGAAUGCCUACCCUGGCUCGAAUAUUUUGGUCGUAACAUUGACGAAUGGUGAAUCAAAACGUGUGGAAGCUCAAUCCGAUGAAGAGACGUUGAAGGAAGCUAUGGGUGUGCUUAGGGACAUGUUUGGGCCCGACAUACCUAAUGCCACCGAUAUACUUGUUCCCCGCUGGUGGAACAACAGGUUCCAGCGUGGCAGCUACAGCAACUACCCCAUAAUCUCUAAUAACCAAGUUGUUAAUGACAUUAAGGCCCCAGUUGGACGCAUUUUCUUCACAGGCGAACACACAAGUGAAAGAUUUAAUGGCUAUGUGCAUGGUGGAUACCUUGCUGGUAUUGACACAAGUAAAGCAGUACUGGAAGAAAUAAGGAAGGAUGAAAGAAAAAAUGAGAAUCAAACUUUCUUGCUAGAACCCUUGCUAGCAUUAACUUUGACACAGACGGAUGCAGUCUCAGGUCUCCACAAAUGUGAUGUUCCUACACAAUUAUAUCUUAGCAGCAAGCUUGGUGCCAUUCCGGAAGCAAUCUUAUGACUCCAUGGACCUAACUUUGAUAACAGUGAUGAUGAUGAUGAUGAUGAUGAAAACAUCGAGAAUGAGAUGGAUGGAAAAAUGGGUUCCGAUCCAAGCCUAGACCAACCCCUUUUAACACCACAGACAAGUUCGAAUGAAAGAGAUGAUAAUUACAAGAAACAGAGGAAAAGAUGUCUGAAAGUGGUGUGAUCAUUUCUGAUUGUCUUCCGAGAGCAGCUGCUACUCUUCACUGGUGGUGCCUGGCUUUUGAAAUUUUGACAAAGGAACCAGUUUUACCCCAGGCAUCCAUGUAACAGUUGUUCAAUAGAUUUGGAUGAGAAAAUGAUAGAAGAAAAAAAAAGAGGAAGAACUCACACUUCAGAUUCUAAUUGUACUUAAAAUGUUAAUAUAAGAAAGAACUCUUCUGCUCUCUUAA